GCCUUUUAUCGUCCCCAGAUCGACGGCGCGCAGUCAGUUAACCGCCGAUCGUCCUAGGCGUUGGACGUGCAAAGCCCAAAAUCGAGGAGAAGCUUCGACAUCUUCUACAGGCCGGCUACAGGCUACCGAAGGACGGACUGAUUAGCGUGCCCCUCCACUGCUGCUGGCACUCCGACGCGCAGCAGCUCCCCUACGAUGAACCAUUCGUUCGUCCCGCCCUGGAUGGCCACCGCCGGCGACGGUAACGUGUCGUUCGCGGGUGUCCACCAGCUUCCCGACAGCGAUAACGAUGGACCGCUCGUGCUGUGGUUCAACCAGACGUGGAACAGCUUGCUCGAUCGCAUCGGUGAUGACAACGUGACGCUCUACGUCGGAUUCCUGACCGUCUACACGUACUCCUUCUUCUGGCUGGUCGGUGGGCUGUUCGUGCUGAUGGACCUGACCAACUGGCCCGCCGCCCUGCGCAAGUACAAAAAUCAACCGGGCGCAAACGAACCGCUCGAGUGGAGCCGGUGCAAAUAUCUCAUCAAAGUGGUGCUGCGCAAUCAAUUCCUGUACGGCAUCCCGACGACCUACUUCGGAUUUGCGCUGCGCCAGAUCGUCUUUUUCGAGCCACCGAAUCCGCGCAUCCUGCCCACGCUGCCGAUCGUGUUUCGCGAUCUGCUGUUCUGCAUCGUGUUCUGGGAGAUUACGUUCUACUACAGCCACCGGUUGCUGCACUCGAGCUACUUCUACAAGCGCGUGCACAAGAAGCACCACCAAUGGUCGGCCCCGGUCGCCUGGGCGGCCAUGUACGCCCAUCCGUUCGAGUUCAUCAUCAGCGAUCUGCUGCCGGUGUACGUUGGGCCGGCCAUUAUGAGCAGCCACGUGCUUACGUUUGUGGUGUGGUUCACGUUCGUCAUGAUGGACACGCUGGUGGACCACUCCGGGUAUCAUCUGCCGGUGCUGGGCAGCUCCGAGAUGCACGACUACCAUCAUCUCAAGUAA